AUGUACAUGUCUCAAGCCUACGUCUCGCUCUCUGUGUAUGACGAAUCAUCUGGUGUUGUCACCUGCGAUAUGGACGAUGACUGGACGCCCGCUCUCCCGCCGUGCCUGUACAACGCCACGGCCUUGUCUGGUCCGCCAUCGUCGGUCAUGGUUGCGUCAACCACCAUAAUCUUCCUGUCGUGGCCUGUCGAGGCCGAAACGCCGGUCCUGUUGCCCGGAUCGAACUUUACUCUCGGCAAGGGUUCGUACGCAUCGGGUACGUACAAGGUGCCGCUCAUCGCGCCCACGCGGGCUGGUACUUACAACCUCACCCUUGUCCUCGCCAAAGACGGCACCAGGCUUGCGAUGGGUUCUCGCACCAUCGAGGUAACUCCUGGCCCUGCCAAUCACCAGAUGUCGUACGCCGCGUGCUGCGGUGCAUGCAACACGCUGCUGCCCAGGACCUUUAGCCCGACAGCCCUGAUCGAGCUGGCGGCACCAGCCACCGCCGGCGUCAUGAUCUUUGACGAGUUCGGCAACUGGCUUGCGCCGGCCGAUGGCGAUCCCAGCGCUACGGCGUCGGUGGUCAUCGACGGUGUCACCUCGCCUCUAACCAUGGCCGAGUGCAACGGCAUGCAGGUUGUUACCUUUCCGCUCGCCCGCCGGCCGACGGCCGCGACUUUUCGUUUGCUUACGUCCGCGCCCGUUUCGGACCAAGGCUUCCGCUCCAUUCCGGGCUCGCCAUUCCGCAUCUCAUCGGCCCAGGCGCACACCUGCCCGGCCGGUCAGCGAAGGACAGGCUGCGGCCUGCGCGCGUUCUGUACCGAGUGCCCGGGCAACACGUACGGCGACUUUGGAUCGAUGUGCGUUCCCAAGUGCGACGCUUGUCCGCCGCUCACCACCUCGCUUCCCGGCUCUGGUGCCGUCAGCGACUGCCACUGCCAGCAGGGCUCGUUCCGGUGCGGGGCUUGGGCCAACGCUACUGGAUGCGUCUCGUGUGCGGCGAUUGAGGGCGCAGUGUGCCCGGGAGGUGACGCGCACCCAAUCGCCCGGCCUGGCUACCAGAUGUCGAUCAACUCGGGCUGUCGCCGCACGAGCCGCGACCGCGAGAUUGACUACGUCUUUAUCCCCUGCCGUGACUCACUUGUCCGUGCGCAGAGGGUGUGUCCCGGGCACAACGGCACGCAGUGCGCCGAUGGCUAUGCUGGCCGGCUCUGCUCCCGGUGCGCUGACGGGUAUUUUACCGACACUGCGGGUGAGUGCCGGCGGUGCUUGGCAAGCGGAAAGUCGGUGUCGCUGGUUGCCACCGCCGGCAUCUUGCUCUUCAGUAUGGUCAUGGUCAUUGUCUUUGUUCUCAUGGCCGAUCGGCGAGUCUCGCUUCAACAGCUCAACUUUGCCGCCAUCUCGGGCAUCGAGCAGUGUCACGCGCUCCGGCAGGGCUUGCGAUGGAUGGCAUGGCUCUGGCGCGAGGUUGCGCUUUUUGUGUUUGAGGCUAUCGUCGUAGGCCUUAUGGCGGUCAUGGGUCUCCGCCGCAACUAUGAGCUCGCGGUCAUCAGCCUCGGCCUCCUCUCCAUCCUGCUCUACGUGGUCGUCGAUCGGAUCCGUGAGUAUCGCGCCGCAGUGAGACGCAGCGGCGUCGCGCAUGCCGACACCGCCCAGCUGUUUCUUGCUGCUCGGUCGUCGACCUCGUCCGACUCGUCGUCGCUCUCUGACCCAGCCGAGACACACGCGAUCAAGGGCAUGAGCCCACGGUCGAGCUCGGUUCUCUUUGAUGGCCCGCGGUCGCUGCGGAUGACGAGCACAUCGGUCGGUCACCAGGGGCGGACUGAGGUGCGCAGGCACGUCGAAGCUGUCUCCAAGUCGUUUAUCGUGUACCUGCAGUCGCUUGCGGCGAUUGUGGCCGUCUAUGACAUCGACCCAACCGAGGUGGCCCAGUCGCUGGCGAGCGUCGUCGAGGCGUCGAGCGUCCAGAUGACCGGCCUGGCGUGUGCAGGCCUUGACUUUGAGCACCAGUUCUAUCUCACUCUCUCGCUGCCAAUCAUGCUCAUGGCAGCGGUCGCCGCCGCCUUUACUUGCCACCGCUUCAUUCUCUGCGUCAGCCAGAGCCACUACUCGGAGCACGGGCCGACGUCGCGGCGAGUGGUCGACGCUCAGAAGAUGCGCGACGUGCGCGGACUGCAGGCACGGGCGCUACGGAUGCUUCUGGUGGUCACCUACUUUUUCAUCUUUCCCACCGCCUCGCGCGCGUUCUCGAUCUUUGCGUGCGUCCCUGAAAUCCCACAGCACGAGCUCUCGGCCGGGCGGUUCCUCUUUGUCGCGCCGUGGAUCAGGUGCGAGGUGGGUAGCAGUGAGUACGGCGGCAUGGCCAAGGUCGCCAUCGCCACAAUCAUCAUUAUCAUUGCGGGUGCUGUCACUAUCAUCUACGUCGCGCGCCAGGAGCGGACCCAGCACUCGCCGAUCUACAUUGCGCUCGACUUUCUGCGCGCAAGCUACCGGCCGAGCUGUCGGUGGUACGAGGUGGUGGUCCUCGUCCGGCGGCUAACCUUUGCCCUUGUAGCCACCAUUGCCAUCUUUGACAACGAUCCGCACUUUACCUUUGCCUCGAUUGCCAUGCUUGGUAUCCUUCUUCUGGCCCUUGUUGUCCACUUUGCGCUCUGGCCGUACAAGUCUGCGCUGGCGUCGUGGAUCGAGGCGUGCGCCACGGCGAUGUGCGCCGUUUCGCUCAUGCUUGUCGUCGGCAUCGUCAACACCGUCCACGGCUCGACUUCGUCACGCAUUCUCAACGCCGCCUUUCUUGUCGGCAACAUCUGCAUGUGCUUUGUCUUUAUCGCGGCCCUCGUCUGGCCGAUCAUCACCACGCUGCGCUAGCGCCGGCCUGCGAUGCACUGGAGUCGAGCGUCGUUGUGGAAGGCAUUUAGCGCUGUUUGGCGGUGCGGCCAUCGGGUGCGGAUCGGCCAUGCGAUGCAGCACGCCAUUCAUGCUCUUGUCAUUGUAUGUAACAUUCUCCAUGCUCACAGAUGCC